AUGCUGCUCAGAAACCUCCUCCUCCUCCCGCUGGCGCUGGUCGUCGCCCACCCAGCACCCGCAGACAUAUCCGUCGAUCUGGACAAGGCGCGGGACGAAUUCCUCACUCCACCCCAUUCCCUGUCCAUUCGUGCGGUGGGCGACCUCGGUGCCGGUGCGUUUGGCGGUGACGGUGCGGGUAAAUCUCGUAUCACGGCAGUACAGCAUCUCCUUGGCGCAAAGGGCCACCCUGUCGGUGUAGAUGGUCUCUGGGGUCCCGAGUCGUCUGGCGCCGUCACGGCGUUCCAGGGUGGUGCCGGUUUAUCAGCGGAUGGUAUUCCUGGCCCAGCGACACUCGGCGCCCUCGUCGACCAGAUCAGCCAGGGAUCUACCGGCGGCGUCGUUAGUGCCGCCCAAGUCCUUCUUGCCGUGGAGGCCGAUGGGGAUUUCGGACCCGCCACGAAUACGGCUACAACCACAUUCCAGAGUGGGAAGGGGUUGACGGCCGAUGGCAUAAUUGGGAGGGAUACUUGGACCGCCCUAUUUUCUACUUCUGCUCCUCCAAAAUCUCUUCCUCCAAAUGACCCGCCGGCCAAGGACCCCCCGUCCAAGUCGACCCCGAAAGCGGUCCUGGCGGGCGCCGCGCGCUUGCUCACGGACGACGAGCUAAAAUCGUUACGCGACCCUGGGCGAUACGCUGCUGCGGCAUACUGUAAGCCGGAAGGAUGGAACGACUGGUCUUGCCACAAAUGCGUUAAUGGACCGCCGUUCACAAAGUUUUACGCCAGAGGUGGUGGCGGCUUUAUCCCGGAAUGGUAUGUCAUUGGGAACGGCGCGUCCGUGGUCGUUGGCAUCCGUGGCUCCGAGGGCUUGACAUGGGUAGACAACUUCGUUGCGUACCUCAAGCCCGUCAGCAAGUCGCCCGACUGGUUCCCUGGUGGCCAAGACCUGUCCCUACAUGGAGGUUUCUACGACUCGUUCUCCAUCAUCAUCCCGGCCAUCACCCUGGCAGUCAAGGUCGCCCUUUCCGAGAACAAAGGGCAGAUCCUUGUUAGUGGCCACUCGCAGGGUGCUGCCCUGGCGACGUUGGUCGCGACGUCAUUACAGGCUCGUCUGGAUGCGACGGUCACUUUGAGAGCCUUUUCCCCUCCUCGCCAAGGUAACCCCGCGUGGGCCAAAUACGUCGAUGCCACACUUGGCAAUCGCGUAUGGCGCCUCACUAACAAUAACGACAUGGUCACAAACCUCCCACUUAUGGGUAUGGGGUAUCGCCACACCAGCGGAGAAGUUUGGCGUACCAUUGAUGGACAGUGGAUCUUGUGUUAUGGCCAGGAGAGCCCUUGGUGCGGCAUGGGCAAGGAUGCCGUUCCCAGAGGUAUUGAGAGCCAUACAGGACCGUUCCCGCCCAACAUCAUGAUGGGGUGCGGCGGCGAAAAAUGA